CUCUCUCUCCUCCUCUUUCGGCGCCCAAGCCGAACGAACGAGACGAGAGUACGAGACGCAACGCAAAGCCGACCAACGGCGACCACCUCAGCGCACCCGCAAUCCCACGCCCGCCUGACACACACCGCGCGCAGCGCAGCGUGGGCAGCCGCGUAAUUUCGCGCGGCCGCCACCGUAUUCCGCCCCGUCCGGUCUCCGGACCCCGGUGGGUUGGGUUGCCGUGCCGUGCCGCGCCCUGUCUUUAUCCCAAACCUCCUCCUCGCCAGCCAACGCUGCUUUCGCCGGUUACCCGGUCAAACUCAUCCAACGGCGGCACGUCUCCGAUCCGGUCACACCCACACACCCCACGAGAUGCCUCGCCGGUCACGUGUGACGCGCGUGACGCCCCCUCCCUCUCUCGGCCGGCGCCCCACCCCCGCCGUGCUGUGUCCUUUUAUUCCAACCCUCACCGCCCCACGAUUCACGCCACCACCACUCCGUCCGUCGUCUCGUCUCGUCGCCUACCUAGGGUUUCGUGUUUGGGAGAUCUGAGAGGGGGAGGGGGAUGGAGGUGAGGGAGAUGGCCGUGGCGGCGGCUGCGGCGGCGGCGGCGUCGUCCGGGGGAGGAGGUGGGGGGUUGAGGAUGCCGCCGCCCAACCCUAACCUGCCGUACAGGGAGGAUUGCUGGAGCGAGGGCGAGACGGAGGCGCUGGUCCGCGCGUGGGGGAGCCGCUACGUCGAGCUCAACCGGGGGAACCUGCGGCAGAAGCAGUGGCAGGAGGUGGCCGACGCCGUCAACUCGCGGCGCGGGGCGGCCGCGCGCCGCCGCCCGCCGCGCACCGACGUGCAGUGCAAGAACCGCGUCGACACCCUCAAGAAGAAGUACAAGGCGGAGCGCGCCCGCGUCAUGCCAUCCACCUGGUCCUUCUUCCCCGAGCUCGACCGCCUCGUCGGGCCCACCCUCUCCGCCUCCGCCUCCAAGAGGCCCUCGCCGUCGCCGUCGCCGGUGCCGCCGCCCCCUUACUUCGCCAUGCCCAUCCAUCCUUCCGCGGUGAGGAAGCCCCCCUCGCCUUCGCCGUCGCCCUCUCCGCCGCCUCCUAUGGCGUUGCCGCUGCCCAGCUACCGUCGCGGGUCUCCGCUCCCCGCCGCCGCUCUUAUCCAGCAGGAGGCCGCGGCUGCAGCCGCUGCCGCGGUGUCUGAUUCGGAGGACUCUGAAGGCCCUGGCGAUAACAACAAUCACAACGCGCAGCGGUCACCGUCGCAAUCUGUGUCAUCGCGCUCCGGCAAUAGCAACAAGCGCAGCCGUCAGGAAGUUGAUGGUGGUUUCAGGGAGCUGGCAAGGGCGAUCGAGGCAUUUGCGGAGAUGUAUGAGCGUGUGGAGAGUGCGAAGCAAAAGCAGGCACUGGAGAUUGAGCGGCAGCGAAUAGACUUCCUGAAGCAGUUGGAGGUCAAGCGCAUGGAGAACUUUGUGGAUGCACAUGUCAAGCUUGCCAGGGCAAAGCGCAUCAAGAAGCAUGCAGGGACUGCACCCGAUGGUAUUGGCGCAGCGGAAUUGGUUUCCUCUGUCGCUGCGCUGCCUUUCCUCUCCACCUCCACCUACAUAUGAUGCUGAGGAGAUGUUGAGAUUAUCAGUGUGAAGUUCAUUAGAUGGCCUUGCUGACCAUGGGAAGACUGGUUUGGCACUUGGCAGCGAUUCAUUGUAGUUCGUAGCCUGGUAGUAUAUGGAAAUUGAAGACUAGAAGUUCCUAGUGUAAAGCAAUGUUGACAUUGGUGCCUGUGGGUUGUUAAUCUGUUUACCUAUUGUUUUAUUGACAUUUUAGGCAUGUAACUCUGACCUCCUGUUUUAUUUUUCUUUCUUAAAAAAAAGUGUAUCGACAAAAGGUGUUGCAAUCUUUCCCUGUCGUUGUUGAUCGCCUUGAAUCGUGUAGGAGUAGCAACUUUCUGCGGAAGUUCUGGGAGCAUUCUGCAACAGUAAUCGUGUAUAAGCCCCUGAUGUUGCGUUGACACAACAUCAAAACAGCUAUUGGAUAUAAUUUGGCAUUUUCUUUGCAAGAGUAA